AUUAUAAACAAAGAAGACAGAGAAAAGACAGAGCAUUGUAUUUCUUUGUUUUUCAUUUUCAAGGUUCGUCCAUGGAGAUGCUAAGCAACAAGUGGAUAACCACAGUAGUGAGCAUAUGGAUCCAGUGCAGCGUCGGCGCGUACACCUUCAGCAUCUACUCGCCGGUGCUGAAAUCCACUCAGGGCUACGACCAAUCAACUCUUGACACUGUUUCCGUCUUCAUGGACUUCGGCGGCAAUCUCGGAGUUCUCUCCGGCUUCCUCUACACCGCCGUCACAUCCCGACGGCAUCUGUCGUCAGGAACUUCCCGGUUUUGUGGACCUUGGGUGGUACUCUUGGUUGGGGCUAUACAGUGCUUCACCGGCUACCUCUUCAUCUGGGCCGCCGUCUCCGGGCUAAUUUCCCGGCCGCCGGUGCCGGCUAUGUGUUUCUUCAUGUUCUUGGCGCCUCACGGAGCCACGUUCUUUAAUACAGUCUGUGUGGUGUGUGGCGUUCAAAACUUUUCCCAUCACGGUGGAACCAUCGUCGGAAUCAUGAAGAUAAGCUUUAGGAUGAGAUUAAAUAUAAUAUUCGUUUUGUUUUAUAUGAAGAGCUUUAAUGGGUUAAGUGGAGCACUAGCAGUUCAAGCAUUUGACAUACUAUGCAAAGACAACCCCACCAAUUUCAUUCUUAUGCUUGCCCUGUUGCCUAAUAUUGUCUCUCUCUCAGUCAUGUUUUUGGUGAGAAUUGAUGAAUCAAGCAGCACAGUUGAUGACAAGAAACACUUGAAUGCUUUCUCUUCCAUUUCUCUAACCAUUGUUGGUUACAGAAUGAUGACUGUAAUAUUGGAAAACUUCAUCACUUUUCCUUCAUGGGCACAAAUUUCUUCAUUCAUACUUCUUUUGCUUCUAUUAAUCUCUCCUCUCGGAAUAGCUAUCAACGCCCUAAUCGAGGACUCGAAAAGAAACAAGAUUUCUAGUGAAGAAAAUCCUCUAGAAUAUGAACAACUACCUAGUACUUCGGAAGACAAAAUGCUUUUGCAAAAUGAAGAAGAUAUGAAUCUUGUGCAGGCCAUGGGUAGUUUUGAUUUCUGGUUGCUUUUUGUUGCAAUGGUUUGUGGAAUGGGAACAGGGGUGGCCACCAUUAACAACAUGAGCCAAAUGGGUCAAUCUCUCGGUUACAAAACAAAAGAGAUAAACUCAUUAGUUGCUCUGUUGAGUAUAUGGAAUUUUCUAGGCCGUUUGGGGGGUGGUUAUCUUUCUGAUCUUUUACUUCAUGAAAGAAGAUGGGGAAGGCCAUUGUUGAUGGCAAUUACUCAAGCAACUAUGGGUAUUGGACACAUAAUUAUAGCCUCUGGUUUCUCUGGGAAUUUGUAUUUUGGUUCAUUUUUGGUGGGUAUUUGUUUUGGUUCACAAUGGUCUCUAAUGCCCAUAAUUACUUCAGAGAUAUUUGGUGUUCUUCAUAUGGCCACUAUUUUCAACACCAUUACAGUAGCUAGCCCAAUUGGAUCUUAUAUUUUCUCUGUGAGAAUAAUUGGGUAUAUAUAUGACAAAGAAGCAAUUGGGGAAGAAAAUAACCACUGCUUUGGAAUUCACUGCUUCAGGCUGUCUUUUCUGAUUAUGGCAUUUGUUGCAUUUUUGGGGUGUGCUGUUGCUCUUAUUUUGUUUUUCAGGACCAAGAGGUUCUAUCACUUGGUUGUGCUUAGACGAUUAGACUACUCUUUGAGAUAGUCAGAUUGUGGAUUAUCAAAACUCUGUGUAUAGAAGAAAGAAGAAGAAAGAAGUUUUAAUUAAUUUUUGUUCAAGUUAGAAACACUGGUAUAGUACUUGUCAAUUUUGUGUUCAUGUUGUUUGGUCUUUUGGAACUGGGUGGUUAUGUGAUCAAAUGGUUUGGUUUGUGCUUUGUAGGAGAUCAUAAUAGAGUCCUCCAAGAAAAUGAGAUUGUGUACCAUUUAGUCUGUACAAAGCAAAAAUGUAAUAAUUACUUUUGUUUUUAUUUUAUUAAAAGUGUAAAUAAUUUUCUA